CCUGCAUCCCUUGCGGCAGUGAUGGCGGCGGCGGGGCCGGGGGUGGCGGGUGCCGCUCGGGUCUCCAGCGGCCGCGACCUCAGCUGCGUCCCGGAGGUGGCGGGGGCGCUGGGGGCCGUGGCCCGGCAGGGGUUCGAUUUCCUCUGCCUGCCGCUCUUCCACCCCCGGCACCGGCGGGAGUUCGGCCUGGAACCCGCGCGGGAUCGGCCCGGGCCUCAGACGCGAUCGGAUCUUCUGCUUUCGGGACGCGACUGGAACACCCUGAUCGUGGGGAAACUCUCGCCCUGGAUCCGCCCCGACUCCCCCCUGGAGCACGUCCGCAGGAACUCGGAGGCUGCCAUGCUGCAGGAGCUGAAUUUUGGGGCGUACCUGGGGCUCCCCGCUUUCCUGCUGCCCCUCACCCAGGCCGAGAACCCCAACCUGGCGCGGGUGCUCUGCGCACACCUCCACACCGGCCACCACAGCGCCAUGUUCUGGGUGCGGGUUCCCCUCCUGGCGCCCGAGGACGUGCGGGAUGACCUCAUCGGGAACGAGGCGGGGCCGGAGGCGGGGCCUGAGGGGGCGGCGGCGGCACCCGAGGAGAAGACCUGGCUGUGGUGGCACAACUUCCGCACGCUCUGCGACUACAACAAGCGAGUGGGCGUGGCCCUGGAGGUGGGGGCGGACCUGCCGUCGGGGGCGGCCAUCGACCGGUGGCUGGGGGAGCCGGUGAAGGCGGCCAUCCUCCCCACCAGCAUCUUCCUCACCAACAAGAAAGGUUUCCCCGUCCUCUCCCGCCUCCACCAGCGCCUCGUCUUUCGCCUCCUCAAGCUGGAGGUGCAGGUGGUGGUGUCGGGGGCCCCCCGGCACGGGGGGAAGCCGCUGGGUUCCUACCUGCAGUACCUGGAGCACCUGGGGCAGCACCGGCCCCCCCCGUCCGCCUACGAGCUCUUCGCCCGGGGCUACGAGGAUUACCUGCAGUCGCCG